AUGUCGGAGAAGUUUCAUAAUGUAAAUGUAUUUACCAUCACUGAGGAUAAAGAGUGGGAAAAGAUAGGCACAGGGAAAAUCUCUUCAAAGUACAUCGACAGACUACAGGGCAUAUGUCUCCUUGUUCAUUCGGAAUCUGAUGGCUCCCUGAUUUUGGAGUAUAAGAUAGAGACUCAUGUGUCCUAUCAGAAACAAGAGAAUAUAAUCAUUUGGUCUGAAGCUCGGAACCACAGCAUGGCAAUUCAUUUCGAGGAUCCAGAUGGUUGUCAGGCCAUCUGGAAAGACAUCUGUGAAGUCCAAGGUAAAGAUUCAAGCGUGGAUAUCACACAAGACCUUCCAUCCGGUUUAGAAAGAUUUACGAAAAUGCCACAAAUCUGGAAUCUGGAUGAGACCGCAAAGUGCAAACUCAGUACACUUCAAUACAUUUCAUAUUUACUUAAUUCUGGCUUUGACAAUCCAAAACAUAAGGAAGAUCUGGCUCUGAUGUUGGAAAAUGAGGGUUAUAUCAAGAAAUUAUUGCAGUUGUUCCGUGAUUCUGAGAUCGAAGGGAACAUUGAAGCCUUGCACCAUUUGUAUAGCGUUGUUAAAGGAAUUCUGUUCCUCGAUAACUAUUCUUUGUUUGACAUCAUGUUUUCUGAGGAGUGUAUCAUGGAUGUGGUAGGUUGCCUUGAAUAUGAUCCUCGUUUGGAUGAGCCAAGACAACACAGACAAUUCCUGACUCAGAAUGCAAAGUUCAAAGAAGUCAUGCCAAUAGCACAUUCCGAACUUCAGGAAAAAAUACACCAGACCUACAGAGUACAGUAUAUUCAUGACAUUCUGUUGCCUAUACAAUCCAUAUUUGAAGAAAAUCUUCUUUCUGAUCUUAGAAAUUUUAUUUUUUUCAACAAAAUUGAAAUAGUUACCAUGCUACAGGAAGAUCAAAUGUUUUUGUCCAAUGUUUUUGCACAGUUAAAAGAUGAAGCCAUAGAUAGUGAGAGACGAUGUGAAUUGUUACUUUUUUUCAAGGAAUUCUGUGAAUUUUCCCAGGCACUACUGCCUAAAAAAAGACAGAUAUUACUGAAAAUAAUGAUAGAACAUGGAAUCAUGCCUAUUCUUAAAGUUAUAAUACAAAAGAACCAUUGCCGAAUAAAGGUAGCUGCUAUACAUAUAUUUACUCUUCUUGUAGAUUAUAAUCCAUGUAUAGUCCAACAGUAUGCAAUGAAAGAAGCUCAGGAGUGUAAAGAUGAUGACGACCUUCUCAUUAACAUAAUAAUUGCACAAUUGAUCUGUGAUGCUGAUCCUGAAUUUUCACCUCACAUCAACUUGGUAGGAGUUCUUCAUUGUUUACUGGAUCUAGAAAACCUUAAAAAAGCUAAAGAAUUUGAAAGAAGGGAAUUUCUAAAUUUCUUCUAUACACGUUGCAUGCAUACCUUGAUAGCACCACUAUUAUCUAUUGCAGCCCAAAAAGAUAGUGAAGAUUACAUAUUUGAACCUGACAAGGAAGAACUUUGUCCUGACAAUUAUCAAACUGCCCAGAUGCUUAGUUUAAUUUUGGGAUUACUCACAUUUUGUGUGGAACAUCACCCAACCCAUAUUCAAAACUGUAUUUUGAGCAAAAAUUUGCUCAAAACUGUGUUGGUGUUGAUGAGUUCAAAACACACCUUUCUGAUCUUGAGUGUUGUCCGGUUUAUGAGAAAGAUGAUUGGUCUUAAGGAUGAAAUUUAUAAUCAUUAUAUAAUCAACAGAAAUCUUUUUGAGCCUGUUGUGAAUGCUUUUGUGAGUAAUGGAACGCGGUACAAUAUGUUAAACUCAGCUAUUAUUGAAUUAUUUGAAUUUAUAAAAGAGGAAAACAUCAGUUCUCUUGUUACACACAUUGUUGAAAAGUUUUUUGUGGCUUUUGAAUCAACCGAAUACGUUCAAACAUUUAAAGAGUUGAAGAUUAAACCUAGCACAGUCACUGAGGUAAAAGUCAAGGAAGAAAUAUGUUCUAAGAAAAAAGAACAAGAAACAGCUCUUUCAUCAAUGGGAAGUGACUUUCCAAGUUGUUACAAUGUGUUUAUGGAAACUAAAGGUAAAAAAUCAAAUGAAAAUAAAGAACACCCAGAAAGAGAAUCGUCUGAUGCCUUCAGAUAUUCUUCAUCAUAUCCUGAUGGUGACAGUAACAGGAUGAAUAGAGCACACUCUAGUCCGAGGGUUGCUUCAGUGAAUUUAGAUGAUGAUGACAAUGAUAACAACGAUAACGGAGAUGGUGAACAAGAUGACAAAAAUGAAGAUGAAGAAGACAAAUCACCUCCCUCUAAAAGACCUAAUCUUAGUUUAUAA